UCUUGUUGUUCCGUUAGCCCCAGGGGCUCGUCCUUAUUAAAUCUUUUGUUCCAUCUUUAUUUAAAAUAACUUGAGUUAUGCCUGCGCAGUAAAUCGACUAAAUAUGUUUGCACUGUUAAGCUGAAUGUCGGUUGGAGAAUCGUCAAAAUGAUGUUAUCCUUUGUGGUCUCAAUGUUUGUAGUCCUUGGAACUUUUCAAGCGAAGUUUAUCAACGGUGAUCUCUCCUCUGAAUUUACAAACUCUGCCGUUUUGGACGAAGCAGCGACCGUAACAUUGUACUGGAGCGUUGACUGGGAUUCCAAAACAGUCACAUUUGCUGUGGAAGCUUUGACAACAGGAUGGGUUGGUUUUGGGAUCUCUGCAGGUCGAGGACAAAUGAUUGGAGCAGAUAUAGUCAUCGGAGGUGUAGCAGAUGAUGGCAAACACUAUUUCAUGGACUGUCAUGCAACCAGUUAUGGUGAACCAACUGUGGACGAAAAGCAAGAUUAUGACCUCAUAUCCUUGACAGAAAUUGGCAACAAAACAACGAUGAAGUUUAAACGACAAUUUGAUACGUGUGAUGAUGGCCAGGACAACAAAAUCGAGGAAGGAACAUCCAAGGUCAUUUAUGCGUAUCAUCCCUCAGACCCUCGCUCACCUGACUACUUUCCCAAGCACAUAAAGAAAGGUUCCCGCAGUUUAAUGCUGCUGAACACUGGUAAAAGCAAGCCAAUACUACCAGCUAACUUGACGUUCCUCGACAUUCUGAACAACCAAACCAAAGUGCCAGCUGAUGAAACGACGUACUGGUGUAAAGUUUUUGAAAUUCCAAGGAUGGAGAGAGAGUAUCAUGUUGUCAAGGUGGAACCUGUAGUUCAGAAAGGCCACGAGGGACUGGUUCAUCAUAUUUUGUUGUACGAGUGUCCCGACAGUUUUCCAACUUCCUUUUUGAAUCAUUCUGGUUUUUGCUAUGACGAAACAACUCCUCGUGAAAUCAUGGAAUGUGCUGGACAGUCAAUAGUUGCUGCCUGGGCGAUUGGUGGAGGGAGCUUUUACUACCCCGAACACGUGGGCCUCAAAAUUGGUACCAACGACACGUCAAGAUACAUUGUUAUGGAAACCCACUACGACAACCCAGAUCACAGAGAUGACUUUGUCGACAGCUCUGGUCUUCGGUUGUGGUACACUAACGAAACUCGCAUUACCCCCCCGGGUCAUAACCGAAUCGGUCGGUUUCUUGACUUUGUACGGCGUUAUCUGUGCUCUCCUCAUGGGAGCAAAGUUGAAACCUCACACUUCCCUAAUACCAUUAAUGUUUUUUUUUUCCAUAAACAGGGUUUGGAAAACUCUCCGCUGGAAGGACAGAAAGUGAAAGUGUUUGCAGCUCUUCUUCAUACACAUCUUGCAGGCAGGCAAGUAAGAGUGAAGCAUAUUCGGUACGGACAUGAACUUAAAGAAAUUGUCUUCGAUAACCACUAUGAUUUUAACUUCCAGGAAUAUCAAAUGCUAAAGGAGGAGAUCGAGUUGUGGCCUCGAGAUGAACUGAUGGUCUCUUGCACAUAUAACACGGAAACUUUAAAGGAUUUGACUUUUGGCGGUUUUGGAACAAGAGAUGAGAUGUGCUUGGUUUUUCUGAUGUACUAUCCUCGAGUAAAUUUGAAAAAAUGCUCCAGCAGGGAUCAAGUGGCAUUUGCAAGCGUUUACUUGAAACAUUUCUGGAAGGGCGGAGCUAAUUUUCUUAACAUCACGCCGGAAACAUGGAGUGACAGGGUGACAGAGGACCUUCGACAAGCUUACAAGGACGAAAACACUAGAAUAAAUGUUAAUUGCCAGGGAUAUAACAACCAACAAAUCCUGGACGGCGGUAGUCAUUCAAAACCCAAGAUCGUUUAUUCGUACCAGCCUGGCAAUGGUCCCUGUGUUCGUAAAAUUCACAACGAAUUCGAAUUCGAACACGAGCAGAGUGCUAGUGGACGUGACGUCAGUUCCAGCGUUAUGAUGGCUUUACCAACAGCUCUUAUCGCAGCACUUUACAGAAUGCUCUGACGACGCUGCUUUCCAUUUCAAGCCGGACUGCUUCUUGAAGCAUUGUGACGUUUCUACCGGCAACAGAGACUGAGACUGAGGAAGUUGAUGUACAAAGGAAGCACAGAUUGAAUUUUAUGUGUUUGAACUUUCCGUAGAAGUAGCCACCGAUAGAAUUAGUUAUGUUUUGAAUUAAAAUUAGUGUACCCAGGCCAUAUUCGUAUUCUCGGUAUUGGACUGGAACUAGCUUGCAAU